GUUGCCAGUCCGGGCACAAUCACAUAACGCGAUGUCCGUUCGUCGGGUCACAGCCGCAGAACUGCGGGACAGCUGCUCCAAUGGAGCCUGCUGGGUCCUAAGGGGAGACAAAGUAUACGAUGUAUCCGGCUUCGUGAAACUCCAUCCUGGCGGGGAGCGCCUGCUCCAGGACAAGGCAGGGAAGGAUAUCCAGGCGGAUUUAGACGGACCUCCGCACCGGCACUCGGACAAUGCCCUGCGCUGGCUGGAACAGUAUUUUGUAGGGGAGCUGGAGCCAGGUGCCCAGGUACACGAGCAACGUGACGAGCAGAACCUGAGACAACGAGGACAACAAUACAGCUCGGCUCCAAGGCACAAACCUCGCACACCCCUUAUUCAGUUUACAACAUUUAACCCUGAGAAGGAUCUUGUGGACUGGGAGAAGCCAAUACUUUGGCAAGUUGGGCAUUUGCGGGAGAAGUAUGACGAAUGGGUCCACCAGCCUGUGGACAGGCCAAUCCGACUCUUCCAUUCAGACUUUGUGGAGUCAUGUUCAAAAACUGCCUGGUACGUGGUCCUUGCAGUAUGGGUUCCUGUAGUACUAUACUUAUCCUGGUAUUGUCUCACUGAACUGGCACAAGGAGACACAAGGCUCUUCUCUUCAUUUACAAAAGAUUAUUCAGUUCCUGUUCCUGUGUUUUGCUUCUUUCCUCUAUUUCUGGUGGGAGUUUUGAUUUGGACACUUAUGGAAUAUGGAAUUCACAGAUACGUCUUUCACAUGAACCCCCCUGCCAGCAACUAUUUCCUCAUUACCCUGCAUUUUAUGCUACACGGACAGCACCACAAGUCUCCAUUUGACAGCUCCCGUCUGGUGUUCCCUCCGGUACCAGCAUCCUUUGUGAUAGUGCCCCUGUACAUCCUAAUGCAACUGUUGCUUCCAACACCAGUAGGAUUGUCCGUCUUUGUCGGAGGACUCUUUGGAUAUGUAGCGUACGAUAUGACUCAUUAUUACCUGCACUAUGGGUCUCCAAAUGAAGGUUCUUAUCUAGCAUGGCUCAAGUCGUACCAUGUCCGGCAUCAUUUUCAGCAUCAGAAAUCAGGUUUUGGCAUCACUAGCACCUUGUGGGACCGUCCAUUUAAUACUCUCCUACCUGAAGAAACAGAUGAGGACCACUGAUUCCUGACUUCUUUGAAUGGAUCAUGUCAAGAAAUCUAUCCACUGGGGGAGGAGAAAAUAAAAAUGUAGUUUUUAUGGAUAUUUUUCAUUUUUAUACAUUUAUUUUUUCCAUUGAUCCCACCCUGUACACGAGCAAGCCAAGCGAAGGAAAUAAUUAUUUAUUUAAGAGUAAAAUAAAUUAAAUGGGAUUGUCAGGACUGUAGGAAACCUUCCAGGAUAAGAGGAAUGAUCUGCUCUUCUAAAACACAAAUGAAGUUAAAGCCAUUCUGAUGCCCUUGACAAGAAGAUGCACAAAGACUGUAUAUUAAAAUGUAAUUAAUAGAAUUAAACUAUUAACCCUGGCAGCUCCCUUUAUGUGAGCAUCUUGUUGCAACCCCAAAAUGUGCAUAAAGCUUGAAAAUAAAGAAAUAUUUCAUUUUUUUA